AUGAAUAGAGAUGUGUUCCCAUUGUUGGACGUACCGGAGAUUGUGAUGUGUUUAGAAAGUUGUGAUUUUACAUUAGCUACAGAGGAUGAGAUAUCGAAACCUACAUCUGCAUAUAUUAUGAGUCUUUACGAACAAAUAAUUAAAGGUUUCACGGGUUCUUUAUCGGAUACAACGCUCAAUGAUACAACAAAGAGAAUGGUAGAUGAGGAAACAAGAUUAUUAGCUCCAACUUUAAGAAUAAUAACAUUGAAUAGGACUUGUUAUAGGUUCUUUAAGGAUAUAGGUGUUAACGAUUUUGGAAUGAUGGAUCUAAAGAAACCUGUAUUUGAACGUGUGAGGCGGCUUCUAAGUGCUGUUGUUAAUUAUGCACGAUUUAGAGAAGAAAGAAUGUUUGAUUGUAAAAGAUUUAUUGCUACAAUGGAAAUGUUAUUAAAUAGACUAAGAUCUAAAUUCGAUGAUUACAAUUUAUUAAAACAACAAACUAAUGAUAUCCAGGAUUUGAUUGGUGAUUAUUUACAACGAGUUGGAAUAAACAUUAAUGAUUUAGAAGGUGUAGAAUUUGAAAAUAAAAUAGAUGAAGAAUAUAAUAAAUUAGAAGAACACAAUAAGGAUUUGGAAUCUGAACUGAAGAAACUCACGUCGUUACAGGAAACGUUUUCUAUUGAUUAUAAUAAUUAUAGAAUUGAAAAACAAAAUUUAUUGAAGGGACUUGAAUCUGUUGGAUAUAGAUUAAUCGAAUUAGAUUCAAAGAGAGAUAAAUUACAAAAAGGAGUCGACAUAGAUAUGGAUAGAUUAAUUGCAGAGAUAAAUACUUUGAAAAAGGAUAUCGAAACAAAAAUGUCAGAACAACAGGAGUUAGAAAAGAAACAAAAUAAUUUACAGAUCUCUGCAAAAGUAUAUGAAGAUUUUAUCAAUGAAUUAUAUGACCUUCUAAGAAUUUUGUCUACAGAUCUACAUGACUCUCAAAGAAAUGAAAGAACAUUAAUGGAGAUCAAACAACAAUUGACAACACAGCAAGAAAAUUUGAAAAAUGUUCUAUCAAGCACAGUGUUAGAUAGAAUAGCGAUUUUUGAUGAACAAAUUAAAAUUAAUCAACCUGAGUUACAAAACCUUGAAGAAUUGUUUGGUUCACAAAAUCAAGAAUUCGAAUUGAAAAGAAAAGAAAUAUCUGAACAUUACUAUCAAGUAAUUCAACCAAAACAGGAGGAAAGUGAGGAUUAUAUUAACCGUGUACUGAUAAAUGGGAAGAUAAAAACCACAGAGAAACUCUUGAAGGAGCAAAAAAUAAGUUAUGAAACUCAAAGAAGGCAAUUAGAAGAAGAGUGGUCAAUGUUAAUAGAUUGCAUUGUCAAAUAUAUGGAAGAUCUGUUAAAGGAUGUCAAAGUAGUUUAA